CGUGCGCGGCGGCCUGGGCUGCGGGCCCCUCCCUUGGCGGGGGCGCGCGGCGCGGAGGACCGCACGGAAAGGGGGAAGUCAGGUGGCCGCUGCCGCCGCCGCCGCCACCGCGGUUUGUCGCCAGAAGGAAAAUGGCGGAUCUGGAGGAGCAGUUGUCUGAUGAGGAGAAGGUGCGUAUAGCAGCAAAAUUCAUUAUUCAUGCCCCUCCUGGAGAAUUUAAUGAGGUGUUUAAUGAUGUUCGGUUACUGCUUAAUAAUGAUAAUCUUCUCAGGGAAGGAGCAGCUCAUGCAUUUGCACAGUAUAACUUGGACCAGUUUACUCCAGUAAAAAUUGAAGGUUAUGACGAUCAGGUAUUGAUAACAGAACAUGGCGACUUGGGAAAUGGAAAGUUUUUGGAUCCCAAAAACAGAAUCUGUUUCAAAUUUGAUCACUUAAGAAAGGAAGCAACUGAUCCAAGACCAUAUGAAGCAGAAAAUGCAGUCGAAUCAUGGAGAACUUCAGUAGAAACUGCUCUCCGAGCUUAUGUAAAAGAACAUUAUCCAAAUGGGGUCUGCACUGUAUAUGGUAAAAAAAUAGAUGGACAGCAAACCAUUAUUGCAUGCAUAGAAAGCCAUCAGUUCCAAGCAAAAAACUUUUGGAAUGGUCGUUGGAGGUCAGAGUGGAAGUUUACAAUCACCCCUUCAACCACUCAGGUGGUUGGCAUCUUGAAAAUUCAGGUUCAUUAUUAUGAAGAUGGUAAUGUUCAGUUAGUGAGUCAUAAAGAUAUACAAGAUUCCCUAACAGUGUCUAAUGAGGUGCAAACAGCAAAAGAAUUUAUAAAGAUUGUAGAAGCUGCAGAAAAUGAAUACCAGACUGCCAUCAGUGAGAAUUAUCAGACAAUGUCGGAUACUACUUUCAAAGCCUUACGUCGACAGUUGCCAGUUACACGCACGAAGAUUGAUUGGAACAAGAUCCUUAGCUACAAGAUUGGCAAAGAGAUGCAGAAUGCAUAAGAUGAACAUUGCAUGACCAGAUCAUUUUAAUGUCUUUGCGUUUUAAAAAAAAAAAUCAUUGCAAAAAUAUUCAGAACUGUCGAGCUACCCAGUCAGAUGGGCUGUUGCCAUUUAAAAUCACUGUAAUUAGUUUGGUUAGAGCACAAAGCUUAGCUAAUCAACCAUUAUUUUUCAUUUCUUUUGUUCAAAGGGGAUUGAAAAUCAGUUUAGUUUAAAUGUCUUUUACUUUGUUAUACCUUUCUUUCUUAAAAUUAAGAGAUGAUUCCUCUAGUGUAAUGUUAAAAGUUUUUGAAGUGUUUCAAAAAUAUUUUACUUACCGUAACCCUAAAAUUGUUGUCUUUGGUUUAUGAAGUGGGUAAUUUUUGAUAUUUGCCCAGUUCUUUUUAAUGGGGUCAAUAAUGGACAUUCUAGUUUAAGGUGGUUGAUGGAUUUAGCCAUAUAUGCUGCUAAAGAAAUUGUCUACCUUUUCCCCCUCACCUCUUCCAUUUAUGUAAGAUUGAGAUUAGAGGGAAAGCAUUUUCUAUAUCAGUUGUGUUUGAAUCUUUCAAGACGGUUAUUUAGCUAGCUUAGUGUUUAACUAAACUUUUUUAAAACAAGGCCAAGGUUUAAUGCUGUUUGGAGAUUCUGAAAUUAAAUGAAAAUACUUAUUUCAGAAAUGCAUUUAAUGCUUUUUUCUUGUGACAGUUACGCAGAUUAGCUUGAAGUCCAUAUGUCCCUGAGUUAUUUUUAUCAUAAAGCCACAAAUGUAUUAUAACAAGGCAAAUUGUAAUAUAUAUAAUCCUGAACUCAUGACCAUGUCUCAGUUUAUUUCUUUUCUUGGAUUGAAAAGUACUAAAAUUCAAUGUGACAUUAAAGUGAAAAUUUUCCUA